CCGGGAAAAGAAAUCAGGGCUUUAUCGCUCGCAGGUGGUUAGAUGAGCGGCGCGAUCACGGAUUGGGCAGUAUGAAGAGCAGGAGGAGGAUAAAGAGGGCCUCAGAAACUGCAGAGACGAGGUCUUUUAUUCCAGCCGUUUCGGCGAGUGAGUUGGAGUGUUUGGGCGAGUGCAGCAGGAAGAAGGCGGAGGAUAUUGUUGGCUGGGCGAAGACGGAGACAAGGAUUCGGCAGAAACAGAAACUGGGCUGAGUAUAUUCCCAGCCGGCACAUGACCGACCUUCAACGUUGAAAUAUGGUUGAAAUAAUGACGGUUGUUGUUUCAACGUUGAAACAACGUUGAUAUAACGUUUAAUGCUAAAUGGUUGAAAACCAACCGGUACAUGACCGACCUUCAACGUUGAAAUAUGGUUGAAAUAAUGACAGCUGUUGUUUCAAUUUUGAUUGAAAUGCUAAAUGGUUGAAAAAGGGUAAUAAAAACACUUAUAAAUCAACUUUUUUUUUACAAGAUCCAUAUGUUGAAUCAAUUAAUGUAUGCACAGAAUAAAUAAUUUCUGCCUUUUAAAUUAUUAAGAUCAUUAUUAUUAUUAUUUUAUUAUCCAUUUACAUUUUUAUCAUGAACCUUCUGGUAUACAUAUUAUCAACAGCAAUAAAAGAUUGCGCUGCUUUACCACACUGAAACAAUUCCUAUUGGUUAUUUAACCUUAUUUGCUUUGAUUAUGAUUGGUUAAUCUGUCUGUCAUUCAUGAAACUGGCCAAUGAAACUGUGCGCGCCAUUUUAUGUUUGAAAAUAUGACCGUUAUCCUGACCGUCUUUCUGAUCGAGGACGUCAUUAGAAGCGAGACUGGUCUGGCCAAGGGAAGAGCACGAUAGAAAGUGGUCUGCGAGGGCGCGGGAUCAAAAAGGUAAGUCUGAUUUCACGAAUAUACGCAAGGUCAUGAGUUAAACGCAUUAUGUCAGUUCUUGGAAAAUUGUAAAUGCACAGUUUGUUGAAUGAAUUUACUAACUCGAUAUUCAGGGAAUGCUUUUCCACAUUUGUGUCGCGGAGGGCUAACGUUACUUUUACAGAUGUCGAUUGAGGCCUAACGUUACUCGUGCCGCUUCAGUGACAUUUUGUGCUUUUGCGGUUGCUACGUCGAUUUUAAGGGAUAAGACAUUAUACGUGUGCACACAGAUACAAAAUUGCAGGAAAAAAAAGUGUAACGUUACAUAAGCUAAAUUUUCCUUUUGUCUUCGUCAUUACUGUCCAUUCACGGUAAUAUCCCGAUGUGUGACUGUUGCGGACGUGCUCUUCCUGGAUCAACGCACAAACGGCAACUAAACCUAAUGAAUUUGAUAAAAUAUUGUUCUCAUGUUAUGUAAUAUGACCAUCUCAAAUUAAUCAUCGUUAUUAUUAAUGGCGUUGCAGCUUGUUGAGUUGCGCGCGCUGAAUUAACUGGAGCACUUUGCUAGCGCGUUAUUUAACUCAAAGAAACGCAUCCUAUAUUAGAUUAAUCAGAUUAUAUACAAAAUAAACAUAAUAUUACAAAUUAUAUCUGCACAAAAUGACGUGAAUGCACAAGUGAACUUGAACGUGCCAUUCAGAAUUACUCAUGUUGUGGACGCACUCUUCCUGGAGCAACGCGACACGGCAAAUAAACCCAAAUAAUUCACAAUGUUUUAUUAAGUACACUUUUUUGAGGAUCUGUACUUUACUUGAGUAUAAUUUUUUUUCCUGGAAACUUGACUUUUAACUUCACUAAAUCUGAACGACAAAUAUUGUACUUUUCACUCCACUACAUUUCUAUCAAAGUAGAAAGUCGUUCCUAUGUAGCAGCUUUGAAAGUUAGUUGGUUAAAUUAUUAUUAUAUUUUUUUUGACAGAGCAUAUCAGUAAUGACUCUAAUCAGGUUACAUAAAGUAAUUUAACACUGCUAAAUGAAUAAAAUGUCAAAUGUAAAAAUGGUCAUACACUUUUAUCCAAAGCGACGUACAAAUGAGAACAAUAGAAGCAGUUAAACUAACAGUAGGACAACAAUUUUAUGUUUUUUUUUUUUUUUUAAUAGAACAGAAUAGAAUGGAAAAGAAAAUUGGUAUUACUAGAUCAAGAUGUUUGAAGCAGACAUAUAUGAUGUAUAAUGUGCGAGAAUGACUGAGCUGGCUUAAGCUACUGUGCAUAAGGUCAAUUGUGAUCCUAAUAACUUUGACAUCCUUAAAAGCUUUUCCAAAAAUUAAUAGCAAUUUUGUUGAUCUUGGCUGUUUUGAUUUUUCCCUUUAGAUGCAGUCGUCAAUGCACACAACACAACCAGUACAAAAGUAAUGGAGACCAUGUCCAAAUAUUUAAAAUAUGCACCAGAGAGGAUGUGUGGUGGUGGCCGUAAGAAGACUCUUCCUUGAAGACACCUUUUUUUCCCUCUUCUUUUUUAAUGACUGUUGCUAGUAAAAUGUUAAGUUCUACUUAAGACUUCUUGUUCUACAAACUUUCCUUACUUUUAAGUGGAUUCUUUUUCACUUAAUUGUUGAGAUUUUAGAAUGUUAUGAAAUGAGUACAUAUGUUGGUCACGAAAUGAGUACAUGUGUUUGUUAUUAUUUAUAUAUAGGCUAUUGUGUAUAUUUGCAGUGUGUAUGAAAUUAGAAUUAAAAGCUUUUUCCCUCCGCAUUCUGAUAUCAAUAAACCCUUAAGAAAGUGCUUUGUUGUUGAAUGAGAUUUUUUUUUCAAUGAAUUAUGUGAAAGUGUAAAUGUAGAAUAUAGAUGUAUAUUUAAAUUCUAAGAAAAUUAUUUUUCCAUUUGGUGUAAUUGUUCAAAACUUUUUCUUUAGAAAAUGAAGCAUCUCAUCCCUGCACUGCAGAUUAAUGAACAUCUAAUUGUUAGAAAGAGAUUUUUUUUAUGCCGUCCGAUUGCAAAUCAUGUACAUCAAGUUUUAUUAGUUGCUGAAAAAACUAUGUGUACCGAAAAUAAUAGUUUACAUCUCAGUGUUGACGUUUAAGCAAAAUUACAGGUACGCCGGUGAAACAGGGUUACAAUAUCAACGUUGAUUCAAUUUGCAAAAUCGAAAGGUGAUUCAACGUCGACAGAAGACCAUAACCCGAAAGGCAAGAGUGAAACGACGUCGCGAUUUCAACGGUGAAUCAACGUUGUUUCUUCCGCGGUGAAACGACGUCACAAUAUCAACGUUGAUCCGUUUUGCAAAAUCGAAAGGUAAUUCACCGUUGAUUCAACCAUGGUACCUGACGUUGUUUCAACGGUGAAUCAACGUUGAAAUGCCGGCUGGGUUGGGAUGUCUACUUGACUGUGAAAUACUUUAUGGACAUGUGUAACAAACUUUGAGUGGUUGGAAACAGGAGGGCUCACUGGAAGUACCGCCGAAGGAGGCCCUUUCGACGGGUUAUGUAACAGCUGGAGGAGUAUCCAAGAGCUGGGAAGCAGAGGGGAAAAGAGGCCUCGUGUUAAUAACGGUUAAUUGUGCGGCCCCACUGUGGAGGAGGAUUGUGGGUGAGCCGGGACCAGUGAGCGAGAGCCAAAAAUUUGGGGAGUCGUGGCGGUGACGCUUUAAAGGAAUAUUCGUUGCAUCAGUCCUCUACGAUUUCCAGGACGAGUCUUGAGUCAGAUGGGGUUGUGACCCUAAAUUCACCAAGAGUGUGUGGAGUGCAGUGGGUGAGUCUCUGUCUGUUGCUGUGAGUGUAUGCACUGGAAAAUUGCAGUGUGCUGUAUUUGUGUCAUCAACAACCCCCUUUCAGGCCUGACGAAACCCUGUAAAAGAAGAGUGCUGAGGCGGGCGAAGAAACCAUCUCAAAUUAUAUGCUGUCGACGACACCUUACCUUUCUUCUCUAUGUGGCAGCGAUGAGAAACAAUUUCAAGUAAAAACAGUGUGGAUGUAGUGGAAGUACUAUCGUUGAGGAGUUGGUUGCUGUAGGAGGAAAUCAGCUGUGUGCAUGUGUAUAUUCUGCUGUGGAGUUCUUUAAAGGUUCGCCCCUGUCUAGACCUUUUGCCCUGUUGGUUGGGAGAAAGAGGAAAGCGUUCGACUCUCCAGUGUAACACGCCCCGGAGGAAACGACUUGCCUGUGUGUGUGAUACCAGCGGAGGCAGUGUUUGGCCCGGCGCAGCAGCAGCUGCCUAUUCACAUUCCUAUCAGCAGUUGGUUGAAUCCUCAGAAAAGGAAUGCCUGACGUCUUUUCCUUAAGUGUCUGUGAGUUACAUUCUCUUCCCGUUUCCCUGCAGAUUCACCGUAAGCUUAUGCCCGAAGCUAAAGCCAGCAUAUUGUGUUGUACACCCGCCUGUAUGCCCAAGUGAAGCCCCAGUUACCUUGAUGUACCUACCUUAUGCCCGAAGCUAAAGCUAGCAUAUUGUUUUGUACACCCGCCUGUAUGCCCAAGUGAAGCCCCAGUUACCUUGAUGUACUUGCCUUAUGCCCAAAGCUAAAGCCAGCAUAUUGUGUUGUACACCCGCCUGUAUGCCCAAGUGAAGCCCCAGUUACCUUGAUGUACUUGCCUUAUGCCCAAAGCUAAAGCCAGCAUAUUGUGUUGUACACUCGCCUAUAUGCCAAGAGAAGUCCCAGUUGUCUUGUCUAUAGACUUACCUGUGUCCUGAGUAAAGAACCAGCGGCCCCUCUGUCCACAGUCUGUGCCCAAGUCCUGAUAUAUCUACCUGUAUGUUCUUGUGCAGAAUUAGUGGGGCCCUUUGAAGCACCUACUCACACGUUGACCCGCCACUCCGGAUACAGAAACCGCGGAGCUUCCCAGUACGGUGUCAGUCGGAUCCCGUCAGCCAUUGUACGCUCCACUUUCAUCGGGACAACCGGGAGUCCAAAUCCGCUGGGCCGACUCUGAGUUGCAGGUAUCCACUGUGCAUUCAAAUUUCAAAUACUUACCACUUGUUUGUCACGUCCAGGAAAGGAGGGGGCCCUGGACAGUCGCCCUGUAAACCAGAACAAGGGAUACUGGUGAAUAAGCUGAUUGUUGAUAUAGCCCAAAGGAGUGAAGGGCUCACCUGAGAUCUCCCGUGACGGAGCUUAAGAGACCCGAGACUGUUACUCCCCAAUCGGAGAAUUGGAUUUUAGCUUCCCUUCCACAAUAACCUUUUUUUUAGUAAUUUAAUAAAGUGGUUUUAAUAUUUAAUUACUGGUUUUCUUGUGUGUCUGGUCAUUGUGGUGUUCUUGGGACCUCCUCGAGGUGGAAACAAGGGGUGUGACUCACGACACCUGUGGUCCGCUCCGACCUGUGACAUAUGUAAAGCACCUACAUACAGGCGGAGACACUGACAAAAUGGCUGAACAAAAAAAAAAGAUACCUUUCAAAAGGAUGAAAUUAAUGUCCUCUUAGAGGAGAUAGAGAAAAACAAAAAUGUGAUUUUUACCAGAUUUAAAGGACACCAUACUAAUAAAGAAAAACAAAACAUCUGUGAGGACAUUGCUACCAAACUAACUGCAACCUUGGGGUGUUCAAAGGUCAGGGAAGGAGGUCCGCAAGAAGUGGCAGGAUUUUGCAAGCCUGGCAAAAAGGAAGGGGGCACUGCAGAGGACUGCAAUUAAAAAAACAGGUGGUGGGACCAAUGAGUCCCCCAUCUUACAGCCGAGGAAGAAAAGGCAUUGUCAAUACUUGGCACAAGUGCUUCAGAUGGAAUUAGUGGUGGUAUUGACAUCCAUGGAGGAGUAGGGAUAACUCAGCCUGAACCUGAGUCGGGUCCUUCAUGCUCAGAGGAACCAUCAGUUUCAUCUGCCAUCUCCGAGCACCUACCAUCUCCUAGUCCUCCAAAAAACCCUCCCAGGCCACAGCCUCCAUCUUCAGUGGUCCAGACUGCAGCCACAAUAACUCAGCAGUUUGAGAAUGUCUGUAGCUGUAGUCAGGACCUAGUGCAGCUGGAGAGAGAGAACUAGAUGUCUUGAAAGACAUUAGGCAAUGCCUUCAAGAAGCCAAUGAGAGACAACAACUUCCAACAGCAGCUCAUUGAGCUCAAGAAGGCCAAACUGGCCUUAGAAGAGAGGAGGCUUGCACUAGAGGAGAUGAGUUUUGCAAGGCCCUCAAUUUCUGUGCCAAUUAUCUUGCCAGAAGACACAGGUAAUGUGAUUUAUUGUUUCAGUAAUUUGUGCAAUGUGAAAUGUUUUCUAUAUGUAGUUAUGACUCAUCUCACUGUACAAUGUAUUUUGCAGGUUGUGGGGAACUGAAUAACCCAAAUUAAUAAAACUAUGCAAUGUUUUUUAUUAAUAAAGCUAUAUGCAGUGUUUUUGAUGUCCAUGUCUUUGUUGAACCAUGCACACGAGGCCUAAGACCAUAUGAAAUAAUAUAUGAAUUGUUAUGAGUUCUUCCAAAUGUUUCUGAAGUAAAUGGCUAAUGGUUGAUGAUUAUUUUCAGACAUAAGCAUUUAAGUUUCAAUAUUAUUCAUAUAAAGUCUAUAUAUUUGGCGUGACAGAUAAAACAAAUAUAUAUACAGUACUUCAUCUAGCCAAUACAUUUCUACAGGUAUAGACAAAAAAAUCAACAACAUUUUUUACCAGUACUGUUCUAUGUAUACAUUUUUAUAAUAAGCACAACUUUUCAUCAUUAUGAACAGAGGAUAGAUUAAAGGAAUAUAAUAUGUAAUCUAUACAGUUUCUAAGUAUGCCACACCUUCACUUUCUUCAAGGUAGGGCCUAAUGUCAUUACUGAAAUUGAUGAUAGGCAGUGGGAUAUGUGAACAUUAUGACAGCCUGAUGACCUUCACAUUGUUUCUUCAAUUAAGCUAGGAUUAGAAUAGAGUUUACACCUCACUAGACUUGCAGAGGACAUCAUGGCUGCACUACAGUGUGUUCUUCAAUUGAGGGUCAGAGAAAGAAAAAGACAGAGACGACCACGAAGUAGACUGGUGACUUUAAAUGCCUUCAUCAGACAGCAUCAAACCCCCUUUGAUAUCCUUGAUGACAUGGCUAUACUAAGGCGAUACCGUCUGCCAAGAGGACAAAUAGCCCAAUUGUUAAAUAGCAUUGGACCUCAGCUGAUGCGUGCCACCAGGAGAAAUUUUGCCUUGUCCCCUGAAAUUCAACUCCUAUCAGCCUUGAGAUUUUAUGCAACAGGCAGUUUUGUCCAGGUACUUGGUGAUGGGCUUGGACUAAGAAAGGCAUCAGUUUCAAGAGCUGUUCAAGCCAACUCAACUCCUUCAAUUGAACACAUUCAAUUUCCAGCAUCAAGACAGGACAUCACAGAAAUACAACAGUAUUUUGGUCAUUGGAGUGAUCGAUGGUACCUUGAUCCCUAUCCUUACACCAUCUGUGGAUGGCCAUGUGUAUAUAUGCCCCAAAGGCUAUGCAGCUAUCAACUGCCAGGUGAUCUGUGACCAUAAGGCUUUGAUUACAGACAUUGUGGCAAGGUGGCCCGGAAGCACACACGACUCCUUCAUGUUCACCAAUUCAUCUGUUGGUCAGGAGGCACAAAACUUACAGGGACAGUGGAGGCUGCUUGGGGACAGUGGUUACCCACUGAGGCCAUAUCUCUUCACGCCUGUGGCUAAUCCUAUGAAUAACAGGGAGACAAAUUUCAACGAGGCACACCGUGUUCACGUAGUAUUGUGGAACGCACAAUAGGGAGGUGGAAGAUGCGCUUUCGGGCAAUUCACCAGUCCAGCGGUGGUCUUUUGUUUGCUCCACGAAAGUGCUGUGCAGUAAUAAUGGUAACAGCUAUGCUGCACAACAUUGCAGUGCAGAUGAGAGUGCCCUUACUUAACAGGGAGGAAGAUGAAGAGGUGGAGGAGGAGGAGGAGGAUGUGGAGGACGAAGAUGGCAUGGGACCACAUGGCCAACCAAGAAAUGCCCAAUACAUGGCUGGUUUUCGCGCACGUCAGCAAGUCAUUGACAGAUUUUUUUGAAAUCAUUCCUAUUUUGCCCAGUCUUUGAUGCAAAUUUCCCACAUUACUUCUUUUAUGAUUUUUUUUGUUCAUUCAUUUAAUUUAGAUGUGUAUUUUUUCUUGUUUUCCCCUUUUUAUUUAUUUCAUUUAUAAAUUCAUGUAAACAAAAAACGAGUACAAUAAAGUGUACAAUAAAGUAUAAUCAAAAUAUUAUUAUAUUACUUUAUAUUACGUUGCAGUGUGUUAAAUCUAGAUAAAAGUGUAAUCUGCCGGUUGUCCUGCAGGUGUCCUCAUAAAUCUGUCUUCUUACGAUGCACUUGGGGAUGUACGAUUACUCCAGAGCACUCGUAGAUCUACGAAGAUUUUCAAGUGCUACUUAAGCUACGAUGCUUUUGGGAAACAGACCGUAAUAUUAAGAUCAAUCGUACGAUCGUUUUUACGAUCAACUUAGGCUUUUGGGAAACCCAGCCCUGGACUCUUCACUUUAUUGAUGUUCGAAUCACGCUUGGAGCGAUUUGUUUUGAACUAUUUUACUGGUAACACGGACACUGCGAGCUGUUUUUUACUGCUUUCUACUUAGUGAACUGAAAAGUGUGUUUACUGGCACUGUGACUAGCACUUGCUGUUUAUUUAAGAAAAUUCAAGACAAUAAAAAAACAUUAUUUGUGUCCCUAUAGGAUUUGCCCAGAGGUUGACAAAAUGUUAAAAAAGCUUUCUUGUUAACCUUUAUCUAAAUAAUAAUAAUAAUAAUGAAAUAUUCGUUUUAUGAGCUCUAAUAUUAAAAUGCAAUAUUAUUUAGAAAAUAAAUAAUAAUUAUUUAUAAAAAUGUUUUAUUUAAUUUUCAACGUUUUCAAACAAUUAGUAGUUAAUUAGAUUUUUUAUAUCAAAUAUUUGUUUGUAUUUAUUUACUUCCUAUUUAUUCAUAUUAAUCACAAUUAAUGUUAUAUUAAAAUAAAUAAGAAUUUUGCUUUCAUGACAUUUUAGUUAGUACAUUUUUUAUAGGGGCACAAUCUAAAAUCUUGCCUUGGGCACCAACUGGAAGAACCUUUACCGCAAGGGUCCCAACAGUGGACUCCGGUCCGGGACCGGAUUCACAAAACAUGCUUAAUAAGAAAAUUAUUCUUAACUGGCAUGUUUUCUCAUGAAUUCUAAUUUAGGAAAAGAGUUUAGUUUUAUUUUCGAAAAAAACUUCUUCAAAACCAAAGCUGUGGAAAAUAUCACUUGAAAAUGUAGACAGCCUGACGGUUGUCUUAAAUAUCUAAAGGUACAAUGUUUAAUUCGUGUAUUUGGUUGUUUCACAUGUGACGUGUAUUUUAUUGAGCAAGAAUCGUAAUUCUGACGUUCCCAUUAUGGAAUAUUUAUUUUGAUAUAAUAAUAAGGUUUAGCUCACUUUAGCUUUUAUUAUUACAGUGCUUGAUUCAUUGUUCUGGGACAAAGUUACUCGAAACAAUGAUGGUCACAAGUCUUAUGUCGUAUAACAUCAAAAAAGUUUUUUUAUAUAUAUUAUGCGAAGUAUUUUUUUAACGCUUGCUAACAUAGGCUAUUAGCUAUCAUUUGAUCGUAAAUGGCAUUUAACACAUGACUUGGUAAUAUAUAUAUAUAUAUAGGCUACAUAAGAAUGCGAUGUGAUUGUUAAACACAUUAAGUUCAAUAGAUAAACUAAACAUAGUUACCACACGAGCAAGCGAGUUUAAUCAUAUUAUUUUAUUCUUACGUAAAAAAUUAAGAUGCUCUUAAGAAAAUGUUUGAGAAUGUUUUAAGAAAUUUUUGAUAAUUGCACAUAAGAGCAUUCUUACGAACUUUCUAUAACUUAUCUUAUGAAAGUUCUCAUAUUUUGUCUUAAGAACAUCUAGUGAAUUCCGGCCAGUGGUGCGCUCGCGGUCCUAUGAUGUCAUCUGCCUGUCAAACAAGCUUAUCAUGUUGGUGGCUCCUCCUCCUCCACAGGUAUAUAACUGCAGGUUUAAGAUUAACUCUUUAUGUUCUGACACUGUGUGUUCAUCAUGAAUCUUCCCACAGAGAGCAAAAGUUUAACUCGUGGAGAAUCUCCUAAACCCAGUUGUGUGUCUGUGAAGAGUGAUGGAUCAAUUCGUGAACCACUUACCUUCAGUUCAGGAGACUGUGAUGAUACAGAUGUGAGUAACACAACAAAUGUCUCCUUCAAAGGGAAGCACAUGGAUUCUGUUUUCCAGGAGCUUGAGCACAAACUCAUCUCUCUGAUGAAGAAAGAGCUGAAGAUCUUCAAGAGUUUACUGAGUCCAGAUUACCCAUCAUGCUCUGAGAGAGAAGAGGAGGAUGAUGAAGAUCAGAUCAGAGUCAGAGAGAUGUUUCUGAAGAUCACACUGAACGUCCUGAAAAAGAUGAAGCAGACAGACCUCGCUAACAAACUACAGACCAUAUUUGCCCCUGUAUACAUGAAGAAACACAAAUCUAGACUAAAAGAGCAAUUCCAGAGAAUGAAUGAAGGAAUCUCAGCUCAAGGAAGCUCAACACUUGUGAAUGAGAUCUACACAGAGCUGUACAUCACAGAGGGAGGGAGUGAAGACAUCAAUAAUGAACAUGAGGUGAGACAGAUUGAGACAGCAUCCAGAAGAUCAGAGACACAAGAAACACAAAUCAAAUGUAAUGACAUCUUUAAAGUCUCACCUGAACAAAACAAACCCAUCAGAAGUGUGCUGACUAAAGGAGUCGCUGGAAUUGGAAAAACAGUCUCUGUGCAGAAGUUCAUUCUGGACUGGACUGAAGAAAAAGCAAAUCAAGAUCUUCACUACAUAUUUCCACUUCCUUUCAGAGAACUGAAUCUGAUCAAACAGAAAAAUAUCAGUCUGAUGGAUCUUCUUCAUCAGUUCUUCACAGCUACAAAAGAUCUGAGAUCAAUAGACUUUGAUGAUUUUAAAGUUGUGUUUAUCUUUGAUGGUCUGGAUGAGUGUCGUCUUCCUCUAGAUUUCUCAAAGAAUCCGAGUUUGUUUGAUGUCACAGAUUCAGCGUCAGUGGAUGUGCUGCUGACAAACCUCAUCAAGGGGAAUCUGCUUCCUUCUGCUCUGAUCUGGAUCACCUCUCGACCAGCAGCAGCCAAUCAGAUUCCUCCUGAGUGUGUUGAUCUGAUCACAGAUGUACGAGGAUUCAAUGACCCUCAGAAGGACGAGUAUUUCAGGAAGAGAAUCAAUGAUGAGAGUCUGGCCAACAGAAUCAUCACACACAUGAAAUCAUCCAGAAGUCUGUACAUCAUGUGUCACAUCCCAGUCUUCUGCUGGAUUUCAGCCACUGUUCUCCAGAGAAUGUUGAGUGAAGCAGAGAGUCAAGCACAGAUCCCCAAGACUCUCACUCAAAUGUUCACUCACUUCCUGAUGUUUCAGAUCAAACGGAAGAGUCAGAAGUAUGAUGGGAAAUGUGAGGUAGAUCUUCAGCAGGCUAGAAAGAGUCUUGAGUCACUGGGAAAACUGGCUUUUCAACAACUGGAGAAAGGGAACCUGAUCUUCUAUGAGGAGGAUCUGAGAGAGUGUGACAUUGAUGUCAGAGAAGCGUCAGUGUACUCAGGAGUUUGUACUCAGAUCUUCAGAGAGGAGUUUGGACUGAACCUGGGGAAGGUGUUCAGCUUUGUGCAUCUGAGCGUUCAGGAGUUUCUCGCUGCUUUAUUUAAGUUCUUAUUUUUAAUUCAAGAUAAAGAAAACAAGUCAAGCGUGAGUGAUUUACUGAAGUGUGAAGUGGACAAGGCCUUACAGAGUGAGAACGGACACCUGGAUCUUUACCUCAGAUUUCUUCUGGGUCUUUCAUUGGAGUCCAGUCAGACAAUCUUACGAGAUCUGAUGACACAGACAGGAAGAAGCUCUGACAGUAAACAGGAAAUAGUCGAGUACAUUAAGAAGAAGAUCAGAAAGAAUCUCUCUCCAGAGAAAUCCAUCAAUCUGUUUCACUGUCUGAAUGAACUCAAUGAUCAUUCUCUAGUGCAGGAAGUACAAACAUAUGUGAACAGAGGAGAUGCGUCUAGUCUUACUGGAGUCCGUCUCUCUCCUGCUCAGUGGUCGGCUCUGGUGUUUGUGUUACUGAACUCAGAAGAGAAGCUGGAUGAGUUUAAUCUGAGGAAAUAUGAUCCAUCAGAUGAAUGUCUUCUGAGGCUUCUGCCAGUGAUCAAAGCAUCCAGAACAGCUGAUCUGAGUCGCUGUAAUCUGAAAAAGAAAAGUUGUUCAUCACUGGCGUCAGUUCUCAGAUCAAACUCCUCAAGUCUGACAGAACUAAACCUAAGUGACAAUAAACUGAAGGAUUCAGGAGUGAAGCUGCUCUCUGAUGGACUGAAGAAUACAAACUGUAAACUGAAGACACUAAAUCUGUGUAACUGCAGUAUUGGAUCUGAAGGUUGUGUUGCUCUGACUUCAGCUCUGAGAUCAAACCCCUCACAUCUGACACAACUGGAUCUGAGAUAUAAUAAUCCAGAAGAUUCAGGAGUGAGGCUGCUCUCUGAUCUACUGAAGGAUCCACACUGUCAACUACAGACAGUACUUCUGAGUCGAUGUAAUCUGACAGAGGAAAGUUGUUCAUCACUGGCGUCAGUUCUCAGAUCAAACUCCUCAAGUCUGACAGAACUAAACCUGAGUGGCAAUAAACUGAAGGAUUCAGGAGUGAAGCUGCUCUCUGAUGGACUGAAGAAUACAAACUGUAAACUGAAGACAUUACAUCUGGCGUUCUGCAGUAUUGGAUCUGAAGGUUGUGUUGCUCUGACUUCAGCUCUGAGAUCAAACCCCUCACAUCUGACACAACUGGAUCUGAGAUAUAAUAAUCCAGAAGAUUCAGGAGUGAAGCUGCUCUAUGAUCUACUGAAGGAUCCACACUGUCAACUACAGACACUUCUUCUCAGUCACUGUAAUCUGACAGAGACAAGUUGUUCAUCACUGGCGUCAGUUCUCAGAUCAAACUCCUCAAAUCUGACAGAACUGAACCUGAGUGUCAAUAAACUGAAGGAUUCAGGAGUGAAGCUGCUCUCUGAUGGACUGAAGAAUACAAACUGUAAACUGAAGACACUAAAUCUGUCUAGCUGCAGUAUUGGAUCUGAAGGUUGUGUUGCUCUGACUUCAGCUCUGAGAUCAAACCCCUCACAUCUGACACAACUGGAUCUGAGUUAUAAUAAUCCAGAAGAUUCAGGAGUGAAGCUGCUCUCUGAUCUACUGAAGGAUCCACACUGUCAACUACAGACACUACUUCUGAGUGGCUGUAAUCUGACAGAGAAAAGUUGUUCAUCACUGACGUCAGUUCUCAGAUCAAACUCCUCAAGUCUGACAGAACUGAACCUGAGUGGCAAUAAUCUGAAGGAUUCAGGAGUGAAGCUGCUCUCUGAUGGACUGAAGAAUACAAACUGUAAACUGAAGACAUUAAAUCUGUUUAACUGCAGUAUUGGAUCUGAAGGUUGUGUUGCUCUGACUUCAGCUCUGAGAUCAAACCCCUCACAUCUGACACAACUGGAUCUGAGAUAUAAUAAUCCAGAAGAUUCAGGAGUGAAGCUGCUCUCUGAUCUACUGAAGGAUCCACACUGUCAACUACAGACACUACUUAUUGAGCCUCAACUGUUACAAUCAUGUGCAGAGUGAAAGGAUUCACUUCAUUCAGUAAAGAUCAUCUGUGCCUUAUUCUCUUUGAAGACUGUGACAUCAACGGUGACAUCUGUGAAGCACUUGUUAUUUCUAUUUGAAUAACAUUCUGAUCUCAUAUUCUGUAUCAUCAUGAAUUCUCUGAGAUCCUAAAGUCUGUCUGGUCACAAAACAUUAUUUCAUGGUCAAUGGCCACCUACAUUUUCUGCUUUAAAGUUAAUUUAAUAAAGAAUGAUCUUAAAAUUAAAUACUUAUAAUAAAAUAAUAGUUUUAGACACGAGACAAAUAGACAAAAAGCCUAAGUGGAAUAGAACUGGUCUCAUACAGUCUAUUCCACAUACAGAACUGGGUUUUUUCUGUAUUCCCUGAAUUCAUAUUCUGUAUAUUGUUAUUGUGAUUUCAGAAAUAUAUUUAAAGUGACGGCUGAGAGCACACCCUGUAUAUUUUCUUUAUUUUACAAAUGCAUAAUGUUUUGUUGUCAUCGUUAGUGUACACAAAUUAAAAUAGACCCUUUAAACUUUCAAAUGAUGUCUUACACAUACAUGUUUGAUCACAAAUGACGAGUUGAUUCUUCUCUUGUGAGAAAACAAUCCAGUGUUCCACAUGUUUGUUGACCUCUGAGGGUUAAUAAAGCAAGAAAGAAGAAAGCACAUGGACAAGUGGUUGACACUCACAAAGUAAUGAACGGUUCUUGUUGGCAACUGCUGCUGUAUUUCAGUGAGAGUAAAUGUUGUGUUUAAAGAGAACGACACACAUGUUAACUUCUCUGUUUGUAUCUUGCUCUCAGUUGAAGAACACACAGCAAUGAUUUUUUUCUGCAAGACUACUGGAGUAUGAACUUUACACACUGUCAUCUGAGUGCUUAAAGAAAUCAUGUGAUUAAAUGUUACUUGAAGAAA